CAACAUCUCUCCUCCUACACAAGCAAACUCUCGCAAGGAUUACCAUGACGAGCAUCUGCAGCAGCAACUUCCAGCAGCAGCACUAUCAGCUGACCAACGGCAACAUCAUGUUGCUGCAGCACCAAAACCAUCAGAUCCAGCAUCAGCAGCAGCAGCAACACCACCAGCUGAUUGCCCCCAAGAUGCCGCUGGGCACCAGUCAACUGCAGAACCAGCAGCAGUCGAACAUCGGGCCCAUGGCCCAGCAGAAGAAGAAGUUCAACUACAAUAAUAUGCCCUAUGGCGAGCAGUUGCCAUCGGUGGCCAGGCGCAAUGCCCGCGAGCGCAACCGUGUCAAGCAGGUGAACAACGGAUUCGUCAAUCUCCGCCAGCAUCUGCCCCAGACGGUGAUCAACUCGCUGUCCAAUGGAGGACGUGGUGCCAGCAAGAAGCUCUCCAAGGUGGACACUCUGCGCAUUGCCGUCGAGUACAUCCGUGGCUUGCAGGACAUGCUGGAUGAUGGCACUGGAUCAUCCGCCCGUCACAUCUACAACUCCGCCGACGAGAGCAGCAACGAUGGCAGCAGCUACAACGACUACAACGACAGCCUGGACAGCAGUCCGCAGCAGUUCCUCCUGGGAGCCGCCCAGCUGAACUCCGUCCAGGCCCACUCCUACCACUCCGCCUCGCCCACGCCCUCGUACUCCGGCUCCGAGGUCUCCGGCUAUGUCAAGCAGGAGCUGCCCGAGCAGGACCUCAAGUUCGAGUCCUUCGACAGCUUCAGCGACGAGCAGCCCGACGACGAGGAACUCCUCGACUACAUCUCGUCCUGGCAGGAGCAGUGAGUGGAUCUCAUCGAAAGCCUCCAACGACAUAACCAAAAAAACAACCUGUACAAAUUGUAAAUACCUCAAAUUGUUGCCUUAGUGAGUGAGAAACCAAGUCCCAGAUUCUACAUUAGCUCCUAAGUUACCACCCGACCCAAACUUUUUUUUGACACUAGCCUAAGACAAUGGAAGACAAUGAUAUAAAACACUUAUUUU